AAUGAGUGGGAGGAACAAGGACUACCUUUGCAAUCCAGUUAGUUCAUGCUGGCUUCCUGUGGUCAAUGGAUUUCCCCUCACAUGACUAUUCUUUCUCAAUGCGCUUAGUUCGCUCACCCAGAGAGAGCAAUAGAUCCAAGCAGUUCAUGCAAGGCGAUGAGUACGAGGAAGUUCUUAAGACUGGAUUAAUGGUUGCAAAUUAAAUAGAAGACUUACUUCAAGGUUUGGGGGGGUUUGUGUUUGUUGAAGACAAACUCACGUUGUUGAAAGGAAUUAGGAAUUUGGAUCCACUAUGAACAACACCACCGCUAUAACCACAACUGGCUCCACGUCCAUGCCCAUCAGCACCUCAGCUCGCGUUGGCAUUGGCAUCCUGACCCUAGCGUUCGUGCUGGGCUUCCCUGGGAACAUGUUUGUCGUUUGGUCAGUGCUCUGCCGGGUGAAGAAGCGAUCAGUGACGUGUUUGUUGGUGCUGAAUCUGGCUGUGGCCGAUGCCUUCGUGCUGCUCAGCGCCCCCCUCUUCCUUCGUUACCUGGCAGGAGGACGGGGCUGGGAGUUUGGCUCGGCAGCGUGCAAGCUGGUGCAUUACCUGUCUAGUGUGAACAUGUAUGUGUCCAUUUACCUCAUCUGUCUGAUGAGCAUGGACCGCUGGCUGGCUGUCACAAAGCCCUUUGUGUCUCAGAGAAUGAGAACCAAGCGCUCCCUGCUGGUACUACUGCUUGGGGUCUGGGUGUUGGCUUUCAUCCUCUCUCUGCCAAUGCCUUUCUACCGCAGUAAUGUUAUAAAUGUUAUGAGAAACAACUACCGUCUGAGCCUUUGCCUGCCACACCACUGGAAGAGUGUGGGUCACCAGGUCUUCCAGUACCUGUUUGAGACCAUCAUGGGCUGCUUGAUUCCCUUCUCCCUCAUCAGCACCUGUUACUCCACCGUCAUAUGCAGACUGCAAAAGGCCAAGUUCCAGCGCAGAGGACAAGGCAGUCGUCUGAUCCUGCUGAUCAUCAUUGCAUUUGUCAUAUUCUGGCUGCCCUAUCACAUUGUCAACAUCAUUGAGGUGGCUUGUUUAUUAAAGAACAGUGACACAGACGGCAACUGUGUCCCCAGUGCCCGGCCCAAUGUCACAGCCUUUGCCUACUUCAGCAGUGCGGUCAACCCCAUUCUCUACGUGUUUGCUGGCAGCUCCCACAUCCGUCAGGCUGGGCUCAGCUUCAUGGGCAAGCUCUUCGAGGCUACCUACUCUGAGAGCAGGAGCACGUCCACCUUUACCCGCUCUGGCCGCAGCGGCUCUUCACCGGACGAGAGCUCUGUCCUGUACACUCUGUCGAAUAAAAUCGGUUUCAAGGUAAAAGGCAAAGAAAGGAGCAGCAGUGUGGCAGGCAAAGAAGCCAACGAGCCAGAACUCAAAACUCUUGCCACUGUCGAACAGUUAGAAUAGCACUCAACCUCUUUUAUAUGUACAACAAAGAGGAAAGUAUAUUGUAUUUUAUUAAACCAUUACUAUUACUGAGUGUCAUUGUUUGAGGUUAAAACUGGGAAAUGAUGUCUAUUCCUGGCUCGAAACAGUUUUUGAUAACCAAA